CGCGCGAGCGCGCAUCUUAAGCGGCCGGAAGAGCCCUUGCGCUAAGGAGCCCAGCAGGCGGAAGUGGCUCGUACGCCGGUAGCCGCCAUGCCGGGAGAUCACCGCCGCAUCCGCGGGCCGGAAGAGUCCCAGCCGCCGCAGCUGUACGCGGCCGACAAAGACGAGACCCCUGCCGCCCGCGAUCCGACGCGGCUACGACCGGUGUACGCGCGCGCCGGGCUGCUGAGCCAAGCGAAGGGCUCGGCUUACCUGGAGGCGGGAGGUACCAAGGUGCUGUGCGCCGUGUCGGGUCCGCGCCAGGCCGAGGGCGGCGAGCGCGGCGGAGGCCCUGCCGGAGCGGGCGGCGAGGCCCCGGCCGCCCUCCGCGGCCGUCUGCUCUGUGACUUCCGCCGCGCGCCCUUCUCCGGUCGCCGGCGUCGCGCCCCGCAGGGCAGCGGCGAGGAGCGCGAACUGAGUCUGGCCCUGCAGGAGGCGCUGGAGCCCGCUGUGCGCCUAGGGCGCUACCCUCGUGCUCAGCUCGAGGUGUCCGCGCUCCUGCUGGAGGACGGCGGCUCGGCGCUGGCCGCGGCGCUCACCGCCGCCGCGCUCGCCCUGGCCGACGCGGGAGUGGAGAUGUAUGAUUUGGUGGUGGGCUGCGGCCUGAGCCUCUCACCUGGGCCUUCCCCUACUUGGCUGCUGGACCCCACGCGGCUCGAGGAGGAGCACUCUGCAGCCGGCCUCACGGUGGCGCUCAUGCCUGUCCUCAAUCAGGUGGCCGGGUUACUAGGCAGCGGGGAAGGCGGCCAGACUGAGAGUUGGACGGAUGCCGUGCGCCUGGGCCUCGAAGGCUGCCAGCGCCUCUACCCGGUGCUACAGCAGUGCUUGGUGCGGGCUGCCCGCCGGAGGGGUGCCGCCGCUCCGCCUUGAUCGGAAAGCCUGAGCAGCAAGGAUGCAGAGGACUGCUAUCGCCCUUCUCUCCGGAAAGGAGCAGCGCCGGUGGUC